UUUGGGCGGUGUAAAUCCCGGCGGGCCUAGCUAAAAAUUUCGGUGCAGGCUGUGGUUCGUGCGUGCUGUGACUGUUAUCCGGGUGUUCCAGCGACAGGAGGCAGAAGAGAUAAGGGCAGAAAACUAGCUUGCAGCACGAAAGCAUAGGGCACUAGUGGGGCAGGGUUCCUGACUCAAGGACUUGCCGGUCGUGCUACUUGUGCUUAUCAUUGUCCUGGAAAAGGCCUGACGUGGGGCAAAAAUGAAGGGUAGAAGAAGUAACUUUAGAAGGUGUAGUUUUCAGGUUGUAAAGUGGGGCCUACUACUAUUAACAAUAACACAGAGUGCCGACUCUAGGUCAGAUAUUGUUCCUAGCUUUACAGUUAUAUUUUGCGACGAUACUGUGAGCUGAACACUAAUUUCCAUUCUUCAGAGGUGGGAACCUCAGAGAUUAAGAAAUCUGUUACACAGCUAUGACUGUGGGAGUCAGUCUGAUUUUAGAGUCGGUGCUCUUAACUCACCAUACUAUGCCUGCCACCUCUCAUUGUUAGUUGUGGCAUCAAGCUACCCAGCUUUGCAGUUUCCUAAUCUGAAAUGGAAGGUGCUCUGUUAUUUUCAAGGGCUCUUUCAAAUGUAAUAGUAGAUAAGUGGAGGUGGCCCACUAGAAGCUUCACUUUCGCACUUGCCAGAUUUAGAAGAGUCUAGAGAGUGGAGUACGAUCAGAACGUGGAAUCUGGAGAGGAGGUGGUACAGGGAAGGUAGACGAUCUUCCAGGACCACCGGCUGGAGUGAUUAAUGAAAGCUCAAUAUCACUUUAAAUCAUAUAUUGAAUAAGUCCAUGUCAUAUUAUUUUUGUUGUAGAAAUGUUGCCACAAACUUGCUUUUGAAAUCAUCGGGUUAAGAAUAUUUUACUUAUAAUCUUAAUUGUUUUGCAUACUAUGAAAUGCUUUUCUUCAAAAUCAAAAAUGUUCGUAGAUACUAAAUUUAAGAAUGGAGUUGGCAGUGUUAUCUUUUGUAUUGGAAAUAGCUGUUUAGAAGACUUACAGAUUCUGUGGGCAAAGUGCCCUUCACCUUCACCUCUCCCACCUGUUGAGCCUGGCCUUCUUGUAGCAGGUGUUGGUUCUGAGACAGCUGCUCCAGCCUCUUCCUGCUUCUUCCUUCCUUGACCCUGCCCAUUAGUGAAGUGACCAUCUAUAUAUCUUAUAAAGCACUUAACUUUAUAGAUAGAGAUUUUUUUUGAUAAAGUAUGUGCCAUCCUAACUCCAAGUUCUGCUGUGAUCAUAAACUGCUUUUUAAUGCCUGUAUAUGCCAUCCUAACUCCAAAUUCUGCUGUGAUCAGUUGGAGAGACUGUCUGUGCAAUAAGCAUUUAGUGCUGGCCUAUGUUGGUGAUAUUGAGAAAUAUAACAGUUCCUGUUCUCCACUAUCAUUAGCAUACUGAGGAGACAGAUAAACAGGAAUAUACUAAGAGAAUAGUAGGGCAGAGCAGGGCAGGGAGGAGGGAGACACAGAAAAGGAAAGUGUUAAGAAAAGCUUUGUUUAGGAAGUUGAAGGGGACUUGGAAGGAAGGAUAGUAUUUAGAGAAAGGAGGAGAGUGGUUAAAUGACACCUAAAAUACCAGGUGCUGUAUGUGGCAGAGCCGGUAUUUGAACCCAGAUACGCAGUUUUACCUGAUUUCUGUAUGUUGUCAUCUCGUGUAUGCCUGGUCCCCAAAACAGUCCGGCUUAUUCAUUCCUUAAUCUGCAAUUCUUCCUCUUCCUUCAUGGAUUUGAAGGCUCUUCUUUCCUCCUUGAAUGACUUUGCAUCCCUCUCAUUUGCUGAGAGUUGGGACAAUGUUGGAUUAUUAGUGGAACCAAGCCCACCACACACUGUAAAUACCCUCUUUCUGACCAAUGACUUGACCGAGAAAGUGAUGGAGGAGGCGCUGCAAAAGAAGGCUAAUCUCAUUCUCUCCUACCACCCGCCUAUUUUCCGACCCAUGAAGCGUGUAACCUGGAAAACCUGGAAGGAGCGCCUGGUGAUUCGGGCUCUGGAGAACAGAGUCGCUAUUUACUCUCCUCACACAGCCUAUGAUGCUGCACCCCAUGGAGUCAAUUGCUGGUUGGCUAAAGGGCUUGGAGUUUGCACUUCCAGGCCCAUACAUCCUUCCAAAGCGCCCGACUAUCCCACGGCAGGAACGCACAGAGUAGAGUUUAAUGUUAACCAUACCCAAGACCUGGAUGAAGUCAUUGCUACAGUGAAAGGAAUUUCGGAUGUUUCUGUCACUUCUUUUUCUACUAGGGCUGAUGACGAAAAACAAACACGGAUCAGUUUGAAUUGUAGUCAGCAGGCUUUGAUGCAGGUGGUGGCUUUUCUUUCCCAGAACAGACAACUUUAUCAGAAGACUGAAAUUCUGUCAUUGGAGAAGCCUCUGCUUCUACAUACUGGAAUGGGACGGUUAUGCACACUGGAUGAAUCUGUCUCCUUGACAACCAUGAUCGACCGAAUCAAAACACAUCUAAAACUAUCCCAUGUUCGCCUUGCUCUUGGGGUAGGGAGGACCUUAGAGUCCCAAGUCAAAACUGUGGCCUUGUGUGCUGGUUCUGGGAGCAGUGUUCUGCAGGGAGCAGAGGCCGACCUUUACCUCACAGGUGAGAUGUCCCAUCAUGAUAUUCUGGAUGCCGCUUCCCAAGGAAUAAGUGUCAUCCUCUGUGAACACAGCAACACUGAACGAGGCUUUCUUUCUGAUCUUCGAGAUAUGCUGGUUGCUUACUUAGAGAAUAAGAUUAAUAUUAUUCUGUCAGAAACAGAUAGGGACCCUCUUCGUGUGUUAUAAUGCAUACAGAACAACAGGAUGACAAUCUACAAAUCAUUUUCCUCCUAACUUGAAUGCAUAACAUGAAUCAGUGGAUGGUAUCCUUCUGAAGAAAUUUCUUACAAUGUACAUUAUCAUUGUUUGUUAAUGUUUCACCAAAUGUUCUAUAGUUUAUGGCCUAUUUAGCCAUUUUAUUAAAGAGCAGCCAGAAAAAUCUU